AUGUCGUCUUGCCAUCAUGUAAACUCGCACCUGUUUGGCCCCAGGCUUCCCCUGCUGUACACCUGGAGGCGAGAUAACGGCCCCAUCCCCCAGAAGGCAUCCUUUCUGGACGACCGGCGCGUGUUGAUCCUCCCGGACGCGCAGGUGGAGGACUCGGGCAACUACACGUGUCGUGUGGAACGUGCUGGCCGCGCCACGGACUCCGGCACCAUCAGCCUGCUGGUGCAAGCGGCGCCAUUUUUCAUGUUCCCACUACGUGAUCAGCACGUCGACAUCAACAGCACGGUAUCGCUCCGCUGUCAGGCCGGAGGAGUGCCCACCCCGACCUACGCGUGGUUUAAAAACGGCCAACCUUUGACCUCGAUACCUGACGACGUGGAGGUCAGCGGCAACGUGGUGGUCAUCAAGAAGGCGGAGCCAGCCCGCCAUAGCGGCAUGUACGAGUGCUCGGCCACCAACCUGCAUGGCACUCGAAUAUCGUCCGCUCAGCUCAGGAUUCUGGCGUUUGCCCCGUCUUCAAGAAUCAGCCUGUCUUCGAUUCUCAAAUGGCCACCCGAGAAGGAAACACGACCAUCGUCUGUCAGCCAGAAGCAUCCCCAGCACCAGCAGUCACGUGGUCUUUCAAUGGCAGGUUUCUGGACCUCGUCCGAGGGGUCGAGAGCCGAGUGAUGCUGCUGACCAGUGGCAACCUCCUCAUCUCACAGAUACAGCCGGCAGACCAGGGGCGGUACACGUGCACUGCAGAGAACUUGUACGGUG